UAAUAUGGCAUUUUAUCAUUUUGUCUACAAUAAGAUAAAACGGUAUAAAUAUUGAACUCUAAGAAAUAUUUCUAACAAAGAAGAAAGUCAGCUGCCAAAAUGAUGUGGCUGAAGUUUCUCACCCUUGCUGUGUUAAUUGCAGUCUCCGUAGAGGCCAAAGGAAAGGGCAAGUGGCCCGGUGGAAAAUCUCUUAUAAAGGCCGGUAUAUGGGGAAGCAUCUGGGGAGAUUCGUCGGAAGAAGAUUUCGAUGAUAACUUUCACAAAGCUCUUAUUGCUGAAUUGAGAAAAUUAAGCAAAACAAUUGACAACCAAGGAAGCCAAAUCCGAGCACAAGGAGGCAAAUUGACGGCUGCAGAAAAUAAGAUCAAGUCGCAAGAAAAUAAUAUAAAGGAUCUUGACAAUAAAAGAAAAGAUCAAGAUAAUAAAAUCAAGAACCAAGACAAUAAGAUCAAAUCUCAAGAUAAUCAAAUUAGAGACCUUGAAAAUAAAAGAAAGGACCAGGAAAAGAAAAUCAGUAACCAGGAAAAUAAGAUAAGGGACCAAGAGAAUAAGAUCAACGGCCAACAACGUAAUAUCAAUAGUAUUGAAAAUGCCCGUCGUGCAGACAGCACAAAACUAUCAGGCGUUGCUACCAAGGUAACAAAUCUGGAGAAUGGUCGGGUUGCAGAUGCGCGCGUUGUCAAGGGACUUGGCGAUCGACUGACUCGAGCAGAGAACAAAGUCAAGGUUUUCGAUGCCGUACUAAACGACAAAUCUUUAGAGAACAGACUGAACGAUCUCGGCGAUGCUGCUGCUGAUGCCAAAACAAAGAUUGAAAAGAUUGUUGGAGAAGCAGAUAUUGUCAAGAAAGGACAAGCUGAAAACCGUGAAAUGAUUACAACAAUCAAAGAACAAAUCGCAAACCUCGCUGGUUCUCCAUGCGACGGUGAAUGUGUCGAUAAGAAAAUUACAGAAUCCGAGAAAAAACUUCAGGAUAAUCUCGAGCUCUAUGUAACCAAUGCUAAAUUCGAUGAAUUUGAAACCGCUCAAGAAAAACUAAAUGGACAGCUUGAACAAGGUCUUGCAACAACUGCAGCUCAAGUAGAUGCUAUCAACACCAACCUCAACUCACUAAAUACUCAGCAAACGGAAACAAAGGGGCGUGUUGACACACUUGUUCAAUCGACCAAUACAUUUAGAGAUCGACUCCAGAUCGUUGAGGAUGACCUGAAGAUCAAUGAUAUAAAAACAAAGGAGACUGCUGAAUUCCUAAUUGUGCUAACAACUAAAACCAAUAAGCGGCUUGUGGCUCUUGAGAACGUGACUGAUGUCAACAAGGCAACGACAACUGAAAGAAUCGAUAGUGUUAUUGCAGAGACAGACAGCCGCCUCAACAACAUUGUUAAUCAACUUGAAUCUGCCGUCGCCCGCCAACAACAAGUCAAUUUCGUUGAUGAGCUACGUAUUAACAGUACUGAUGCUAAACUGCGUGAUGUUAUCACAAAGGUGGACGAACUCCAAGUUGGUCUUGAAUCGUUAGCCAACUCUCACGUUGACCUCGGCAACCUCAGUGUAACUAUAGUAAAGGCCAUUGAAGGGUUCGAAAAGGACGCCACUGAGGUAUCUAACAUUAUUGAGACCAACAGCGAUGAACUCCAAAAGAGACUGCAAAGGUUGGACAAUGAAGUAGAUUCCGUCAAAGGUGUUAUGACUCAGUUCGCUGAUUGGACAAAGGUUGCAGUUGAAGACAUCAACACCAUUAAGUCUGACGCCAGCCAAAUGAGAGAGAAGAUUUCCACCAACACUGACGAUAUUGAAGCACUUGAUACCGUUGUUCCCAGAAUAGAGCAACUUGAAAAGGUCACCCUAAACAAUACGCAAGACAUUAGGGCGCUAGAAUAUCUUUCACCUAAGAUUGCUGAGAAUGGCCAGUCUAUUAAGAACAUUGAUGAUGAACUCGAGAAAUUGAAGGACAUCCCCAGUAACGUUGGUGAAAAUACUGACAAAAUAGCUGACAUCGAAGGCCGCAUUGCUGAUCUUCCAGAGGUUAAGAAGACAAUUGCUGGAAAUCAAGACGCCAUCAAGAACGCAUCAAGUGUGAUUUCAAAGUCCAAAUCUGACAUAGCCGAGGCUCAGCAAGAUAUCAACGACAAUAAGGUUGCCAUUACUGAAGCUAUUAACGGUGUCGAUGCAGUACGUAACAAUGUUGUCGCUGUCGAUGAUAAGGUCAGCUCACUUGCUGAGAAAGUUGAGAAGAAUAAAGAGGAUAUCUCAGAGCUGAAUGUCAGACUAGGCCCACUAGGAUCACUCCCACUACGUGUUGGAAAGCUAGAGGAUGACAUUAAGUCAGUUGAAAGCAACGUCGUGGGUAUCCAAGGUCAACUUCCAAAGAUCGAUGCAAAUGCCAAGAUGAUAAACGACCUAGAAACAACCACAACAGAAAAAUUCGCUAAUGUCCGAAAUGCAACCAUGGAAAACGUCAAUAAAAUAAGCAAUAUCGCCACUAAAUUAUUGGAGAUUGAUACCAACAAGAAGCUGAUAGAGCAAUUGGAAAACCAAACUGAAGCCCAAGUUGACCAACUUGCUAAACUGACCAACACGCUGAAGGAACAAAUCCAGGACUUGAGCGCUGUUGCAAAUAACAACAACGUCAAAACAAAUGAAAAUGCAGCAUACUUGGACACUCUGUCAACUGGUGUCGACAAGAGGUUCACAGCACUAGAGAACGUGACGGAGACGAACAAGGCAAAUUCAAACGAAAGAAUUGAUAGUGUUAUUGCAGAGACUGAUAGUCGCCUCAACAACGUGAUAAGACAGCUUGAAUCUGCUGUGGCGCGCCAAGAUCAAGUCAACUUCAUUGAAGAACUUCAUCAUAAUGCCACUGAUGCUAAACUACGUGAUGUCACAUCAAAGGUAGAGGAACUCCAAGUUGGUCUUGAAGCGUUGGCCAACUCUCACAUUGACCUCGGUAACCUCAGCGUAACUAUAGUGAAGGCCAUUGAAGGGUUCGAAAAGGACGCCUCUGAAGUGUCUAACAUCAUUGAGACCAAUAGCGAUGAACUCCAAAAGAGACUAACAAAGUUGGACAACCAAGUCGACACCAUCCAAGGUGUUAUGACUCAAUUCGCUGAUUGGACAAAGGUUGCAGUUGAAGACAUCAACACCAUAAAAUCUGACGCCAGCCAAAUGAGAGAGAAGAUUUCCACCAAUACUGACGAUAUUGAAGCACUUGAUACCGUUGUUCCCAGAAUAGAGCAACUUGAAAAGGUCACCCUAAACAAUACGCAAGACAUUAGGGCGCUAGAAUCUCUUUCACCUAAGAUUGCUGAGAACGUCCAGUCUAUUAAGGACAUUGAUGAUGAACUCGAGAAAUUGAAAGACAUCCCCAAUAACGUUGGUGAAAAUACUGGUAAAAUAGCUGACAUCGAAGGCCGUAUUGCUGACCUUCCAGAGGUUAAGAAGACAAUUGCCGGAAAUCAAGACGCUAUCAAGAACGCAUCAAGUGUGAUUUCAAAGUCUGAAGCUGACAUAGCCGAGGCUCAGCAAAAAAUCAACAACAAUAAGGUUGCCAUUUCUGAAGCAGUUAGCAGCGUUGAUGUAGUACGUAACAGUGUUGUCGCUGUUGAUGAUAAGGUCGACUCACUUGCUGAGAAAGUAAAAAAGAAUGAAGAGGAUAUCUCGGGACUCACUACAAGAGUUGGUUCCCUUGAAAACCUCCCAGCACGUGUUAAUCAGCUAGAAACUGGUAUGACUACCGCAGAAAGUAGCAUCCGCGAUAUCCAAAACCAACUUCCCAAAAUCACCGCUAACACACAGAAAAUAGAUCAACUAGAAGUUACCAUGAAUGAGAAACUCGAGAAGGUUCAGACAACAGCUUCUAACAACACUAACAAAAUUGCCGAUGUCAGCUUAAAACAGCUCGAAAUUGAUGAAAUCAGAGACGCCCUUGCCUACAACAACCGCAAGAUCGACACCAUGAACGCCCAUAUUGCAGCUAUUUGCCAACGUACCGAUCUAGCGUUCGAUGAAAUGUCCCGUAACUGGACGUCCACUUUAAGACCUAUCAGAAACAGACUUACGGAGGUAGAAAAAAUCGCCAGCGCCCCACAGCCAGACCCCUGGGUACCCAGCGAUGGCGACAAGACCUCGAUUGGUCAAGUAGCCAAGGCCAUCACUGACCUACAACAGGUAGAUGUUGAAAUCAAAAGUGAUGUUGAGAAGAUAAAGGCUGAUUUGAUCCAGUACGAAGAAACAGACAUGGCAGCAGAGAAGAGCGUUGAUAACAAACUUAAGGAUCUUCAACAAACUCACAAGACUGACAAAGAAGCUGGUGAUGCCAAGAUUGAUUCAACCAUCACAACACACAACAACGAUAUGACCACUUUCCAACAAGUGAAAGAAGAAAUCCGAAGUGUUGUCCAGAAGAAUGCUGGCUCGAUAGAAAAACUUGAACAAGGACUUCAAAAGCUUGAAAAUUCAACAGCGAAAAAUGCACUUAAUAUUGCUGAAUUGGAGAAAGUAAAGGCAGAACAAGCUAUAAAACUAGACGCCCAUGCUCGUGGACUAACUUCUCUAAUUGCAGAGAUGGAUGCAGUCAUAGACACGAUUACAUCUCAGAAUGCAACCAUAAAAUCGGUACAACAAGAGCUCUCCCAACUUAAACAAUUGACAGUCGGAAAAGCCGAGAUUGCGGACAUUGUGAAACAAAUCGAGAGGAUCUCCACCGCUAGCAUCAAUGAACAGAAGAAGGCCAUCACCGACAUCCAAUCGGAAAUUGAAACGAUUAAAGAAGAUGCAACUGCACAAGAAAAUGCUUUGGGGGAGCUUCGGCAAAAACUAGCAUCGGCCACAUCAGGGAUGAACAUCACGAUUGAAGAGCUCAAACGAGAAUUGGAGAAUCUGUGGAAGACCGGCGAUAAUCUUGGAGCUGAGCAACGCAACUUCGUCAAAGAGGUCCGUGAUAUUAUGAAUGCGUUCAGUAACUCGAUGAGUAAGAUGGAUAAAGGGUUGAAAGAUCUGAAUAUGAAAGUAGACAACACACCAGACAAAGCUGAUCUCCAAGCAUUCUACACCAACAUGAACCGAGGCGUCACCAGCACACGUCAGAGUAUUGUUAAACAGCAACAGGACAUCAUGGCCUUAUUUGGACAGGUCACUCGCAUCACGGGGUCCCUUAAUUCUAUCAAUGAGGAUAUCCAAAACAAACUCGAUACAGUAGCCUCCAAAACAACCGCUGAAGAACUCCAGAAGCAAGUUGCAGACAACAAGGCAGAACUGAACCAAAAGAUUGCUAUUCUUGAACAGAGCGUAGCAGAAGUAAUGAAGAAACAAGAGAGAUACAAUUAAACCACGACGCAAUAUAUUCUACGGACAAGAGACACAUUAUUAUAAAAACUCUCCGUUUUGAUAUUAUUAAAUGUACUGAAUGAACUAUUUUUAUUCGAAUGAGUAUACCAGUUUUUUUGGACGAGCAUUGGAUAUUGAAAUAGAUAAAUUUAUUCUAA